AAUUUUGUACCACAAUGUAUCUGUUCCAGCGACAACUAUCAAAAUAUGGCCUACUACAUGUGAUAUUAAAAUUUUAUUUCCAUAAACAUGACUCACCUAUCUAUCAUCUUUUGGAAAAAUAGAUUCAGGUGAUCAUUUGACUUGCGAUUUUGUCAUUUUUGAAUCUCAUUUUAAACUUUUGUCAUUAAAAUUGAUCCAGUUACAUGUGAUAUUGACCUUCUUUUUCAGUUGAGUGACUAAUGGUGUUUAAAAACCUGUAUAGGCUUGCCUUAAGAUAUAGGUCAUGUACUUUCUUUAAGUUUGUUGCGAUACUUAAAACUUCUGAAAAUAAACCCUUGAGAUAGUGCUUUGAGCAAAUAUCACCGGGGACAUUUUUUCAGGGGGUUAGGGCAAGGGUGUGUGGCCCUAAAUAUCACCAGAAAAGUUGUAUUUCAAAAAUGAUUAAAUGACUUUGUUUAGGUAAUCACAUGAUUUUGAGUGCAGUUUCAAAUGAAUUAGUCCAAAGAAGUUUUUCAAAGGCUGACAAAAUUACACAAGGUUGUGGGGUGACUCCAAUUUGCAAAACUUUAUAAUUGUUUAAAAUACUGUUGAAAAUAGACUACAUGUAUUUACAAAGUAAACCUAUACAAGACUUACCUUAAAUGUGCUGUGGUCUUCAGGUCUUCCAAAGAUCUUCAACACUGAAGAUACGCCAAGGCUUUUUAAAUUCCAUGUCACGUGCCUGGCAAGUGGCUAAAGUCCCAUGCUGAAGACUGCUAUUUUAAAAACGCCACCCAACGUGGGUGGAAAAAUUUGGACUAAAAUGGAUUGUAUAAGAUGCCCAUUACUGGCCAGGAUAUGGGGCAUAAAGAGAAAUUAAGAAGCCAUAGUUAUCACACCAAUUCGCCUUGUGUAGUCAAACAUUUAUAUAGCAGCACCAGCAAAUAUAAAUGUGCACACCGCUAUAUGCCGAAAACUCCAAUCGCACACUGGUGCGCCACAAAAUUUUAAAGGUCAUGUGGAAGAUCUUUGGCGUAACCUAUGCUGAAUGCACCCUGGCAGUUUUGCAACAACAUUGUUAUUUAGUUAAUUUUUUUUCAUGAGUUUGGAUUUCAAGUUUGAGAUAGGGUUGAAAAUUCAAGACAGACAAAUGAUAGCUAAGCAUGCAUUCUUAGGCUAACUGAUCAGGAGUGCUAAUCAGGUAUUGGAGACCUAAUCAGACUAACCAAAUUGCUAAUUUAUGCUAACUGGAAGCUGCUGUGUAUAUUUAGCAACUUGCCUGAUUUUAAUUCAAACUGAAAAUUCAUACUCAUGCGAUCGUAAAAUCCCCAAAUGUGAAACUCAAAUAUAAUAAUUUAUGUUUGAUUUUGUUUUACAAAGUUAAAAGACUUGGAAGAACAGUCAAGAAAUGCUAACGCAAGAGCUGCAGAAACUGCUCAGCAGGUCCAGCGUUUGGAGACUUUGCUUGCAGUGAAAGAUCAAACAGUUGCACAUUUAGAGACUGAACUUGAAAGCGAGAAACAAAGGCGAAUCGUUCGUGAAAGAGAAGUUGAAGAUAAAGCUGCUCAUAUCAAAAACUGGAUGCAUAACAAGAUUUCCGAGUAUGAAGACAAGCUACAAGAACUUACCAAAGAGAAUGAGCAGCUGCGGACUUCACAUAAACAAGCUAUGGAGCUGAUCAAAGAGAUUGAGAUCAAGCUUCAUUUUUCCCAAGAUCAAGUGGUUAGAUUGUCUAGCGAACUUGCUGAGGUUCAGUCACAGUGUGGUGACUAUUAUGUUUUGGAGUCUGAAACAGAUCAAGGAGAAUCUGGCUUUCAAUCCUUUCAAAAUGAGGAUGUUAGGAGUCCAACUCUAGUGGACUCCUCAAGCUCACUAAAUACCACACUGACACCCAUGUCACCAGAUGAGCUGGCACAAGAAACAGUUGAAGACAGCAAUGAUACUGGAACAAUAAUAUCCGAUCAACCGGCUGAGAUACAAAUAAAAAGAACAUCGAGUGGUAAAUCCCCGUCAAAAAUUCCUCGAUAUAUUGGGAAUUCUGAUGAUCCAAGAGCUGCACAGAUAUCUUAUUACAUGUCACUAAAGAGAGGGUUGACGAGCCCAGGUAGCUCUCAGGCGAAAUUUUUCAUACAAGUACAAAACUCACACAAUCCUUACAUGCAGUUAGUGUCAUCAGAAAACUUGUCACGGAAGAAACUUUACGACAGCCAGUCUACUGUAGAUUCAGAGCUAGAAGACAGUGCCUUUGAAACUUACUUACAACCUGGUGAUCAAGUUUUCGAUGGAGAGGAAUUUCAUGCACAGCUUGGUGAAUUAGUUACACUUCAUUUAGAGAACCAAAGUUUAGCUCCAAGUGUUGCAAAAACUGAACAAGAGUCGCUAUCUGACAGUAGGUCAUCUGUGGGUUCUUUAACAGAACCGACUGUGUCUCCCAAUCCAAUAUACCAAUCUCUUGAACAGGAAUUAGAUUCAGCCCAACAAGAAAUAGAUUCAGCAAGAACUUGUUUAGAUUCUGUGACAGAAAGUCAAGUGUCAGUAGAUAGUGGUGUGCCACUUUCACCACCUCCACCUCCUGUUCCUCCACGUUUUGAGCCUGAAAAUGCUGUACCUCCGCCUGUGCCGCCAGUGCCAAAAGCUAACUUGCGGGAACAGCCACAGGAGGUAGUAAGAAUGGAAGCUAAUUUUACUAGUUACCUAGCAGAAACAGAACUUCAGAGUGAGGAGGCCCCUCAAGUUAAUAAAGAAGAUGUGGCAGUAGCAUUGUUACAGGGUGGAAUUCAGUCCUGGAUGUGGAAUGAUGAUUCAGUCGGCUCUGAUUCUCCUCCUUUUGGGACAUUGGAGAACAACACCAAAGACCUCAAUAUGCUGACGGAACAAACCUGUCCUGUGUACACAACAUUGAAAGGGAGAGCUUCUCAGCUUCGGAACACACCUUUUUCUGGGGAGUCCACAGACUCCUCUGAUAACGAGAGUUCUGCAGGAGACUACUGCACGCCACCAGAUGAAGUGGCGGCAACAGAAGAAGAUUCACAAGUCAAAGAAAAGACUGAUAAGGUUCUUGAAGGAACUACUCACGUUUUGAAGACUUGUGCUACAUAUACAACAGUUAGCUUGAAAAAGGAAGAUCAGAGAAAGGAAGGCUAUCUUACCAAACUGGGUGGCCGUGUGAAAAACUGGAAGAAGAGGUGGUUUGUUCUUGGUGAUGGGAAACUCUACUAUUACAAGACAGAGAAUGACGUGAACAGGAAGCCCUUGGGUCAAAUUCCAUUGGAUGAUACUUGCAGAAUUGCUAGGACAGAUGGUGCACUUACCUUUGAGGUGACCACACCCAAGAGGACUUUCUACUUGACUGGAGAAACAACGGAAAUUGUAGACAGCUGGCUCAGAGUUCUGCACAGUGUCAUGAGAAAGUUUUCAAGCACUCCACUGUUUGCUCAAGUAAAAGAAAAGGAGCUCAUGAAAGGCUGGCUUACAAAGGUUAAACAUGGCUCUUCCAAGAAGUGUUGGAGUGUUCUACUCGGCCAAUACCUUUGUUACUACAAGAGUGAAGAUGACAAGGUGCCAUUCAGCAUGACACACAUGAUUGAUGUGAUAGUGGAGGAACUGGAAUCCCCAGACUCUGGCAAUGGCACUGUCAAUGCUGACCCAGUUCCGUAUCGUCAUUACACUCUGGUCAUGAAAUCACUCAAACAGCCUGCUAACACAUACCUGUUGAUUGAGUCAAAGGAAGAAAAGGAGUCUUGGUUGUUUCAUUUGAAAGUGGCAUCGGGCAGUGGCAUUGAAGACAUGGGGACAAAUUUUGAGAAGAGCAUUUUCCAACUCAUCGCACAAGACUGUGAUCCAGAGAGUGACAUAUGGAACAGGUAUGUGUUGACUCACACUAAAGAACCCAUUGCUGAACCACUCACAACUCUUCCAACCAAGGAACUUGAGGCUGAAGCACUGAAACUCUUCAAGUCCAUCCACUUGUUCACCACAGUACAAACACAGGAAUCGGCCAUUGAUUAUCACGUGUCACUAGCCCAGAAUGCCAUGCAAACCUGUCUAGAUCAUCCAGAACUCCAGAAUGAGAUUUACUGUCAGCUGAUCAAACAGACUUCGAAACACGUUCACAGGGGACCUGAGGACCUAGGGCACUUUCUCGAAAAUUGCGGCAAAUCCUCUUGGCUUCGGGAAGACUCUUUUGACAUUGCAUCACAAGCCACUAUUGAUCUGCGACCAGUGCAGGAGUUUGUUUAUAUCCAAGCGUGGCAGCUGCUCGCACUCUGCACUGCACUUUUUGUACCUAAACAGAAAUUCCUUCUUUUUCUCAAGGGACAUCUCAAUAGAUUUUCAACGUUCAAAACAAAACUCGGCAAGUAUGCCACGUAUUGUAUCAGAAGCCUGGAGAGAAUUUUACAAAAUGGGAAAAGAGAGGCCAAACCAUCGAGAAUGGAGGUUCUGUCUGUUCUGCUCCGUAAGCCGUACGAUCAUUCGUGUUUGAUGAGUAUUCCGGUCCACUUUAUUGAUGGAAACACCCAAGUAUUUGGCUUUGAUGGCUCGACUACCAUUCAAGAAUUUUCUGAGACUAUUAACAGAGUGGUCGGCAUUCGCACACCCUCAGAGAGCGGUUACGCGCUCUUCACAGAUAAUCCCGUUAAUUUAGUGGAACAUUGCUUACAAGCCAGUGUCAAGUUGUGUGACGUAAUCUCAAAAUGGGAGCAAGCAUUGCGGAGUCAAAGCCAGGGGAAACUGGAUACAAACAGGAUGAUCAAACUCUCCUACAAAAACAGGUUAUACUUCAAGAGCCUCAGUAGCGGAGAAACAGAGAAAGAAAAAUACUUCCUUGUUCUGCAGGCAAAUGUAAAUGUGGUCAAGGGACGAUUUCCCGUGAGCAAGGAGAUGGCGUUAGAGUUUGCAGCUCUCAUGGCUCAGAUCACUUACGGUGAUUACAGAGCUCACAGUAAUUCUCUACCUGGCAAAAGAAUCGAGAUGGUUAUCUCGCAGUUCUGUGCCAAGACGAUAAGGGAAGACUCUGGCAAACGUUCACUCACACUGCGCAUGGCCGAGAAGUGGUCGACGCUGCACGGGUGGAGUGUAAAGGAGUGCGUGGACAAGUAUCUCGAGAAUGCGCGUCGAUGGCCCUUUUUUGGCUGCAGGCUGUUUCAAGCUCAGCAAAAGCACACAGUGUCAGCCGCCAAGAAACGAACUACAAUGACAGAGAAUACGCAGCCAGUUUGGCUGGCGGUGGAAGAAGACAGCAUUAAUAUUCUGGAAGGACAGAGUUUGCGGUUAAUGUGUCGCUACAGGUACAAACACGUGGUCACGUUUGGCGGGUGGAAAGACGACUUCAUGUUAGUCGUUAACCAAUCUAUCAUGCGGGGCGGCAACACAGUGGAGCAGGGAACCCAGAGAUUGCUGUUCGUCAUGUCCAGGGGAAAGAUUUUAGAAAUCACUUUGCUGAUGGCAAGCUACAUCAAUGCUAUCAUCCGACAAAAAGGAAUCACAUGUGAGGCCCCAGGUACUCCCACCACAAGACAGGGAGUAGACGUCAAGGUCUGGGACCUCGAGAGUGCCGAGUGGCCCAUAGUUCCUGGCUCCACCGUUGGUCUACUAUGACGUCACCGUUUAACUUGUUGAGAAGUCGGUUGUUAAUUGGGUUCUGUAUCUAUUUGUAAAGAGGAGCUAGCCUGAUUAAUUGGGAGGUAAAUUGAGACAGCCAAGCGGCGUCGCCUAUCCCAGAAUGGAACUUAAAGCCAGCUGGAAAAAGAAACUUGUCAAAGGGGGAAAAAGACAUUGUCAAGCCAAAGGUUGUUGUGUUUUUUCGUCUUGAAACCGUUACUGCUGGAUGGAGCCGGAUUUUUUUAAAGGAGGCAAUUGAAAUAUUAACCUUGUGAAUUAUUUACGAAUAUUACAACAUACCGUGGAGAAUUACUUCUCCCUGUUCACUAAAAUUAUUGAGUGUGAUCAAACAAUAUUAUCGCAGAUUAUGUACAAAAUAUGUUAGGAAAAGGCAGUUAAGUUGUCUUUCACGGACCAUAGUAAAUUAAGUCUUGGAGCCAAGCUCAGUGUACAAAGCUGUUACAUAUGUUAGAUUGACAGGUAAAGCUUACAUAUAUUAUUGAAAAUGAAAGCAGUAGUUAGGCAUUAAUAAAGCGAUAUCUUUUAUUCUUCUACGAACGGGCGUGUAUUUCGCCUGUGGCUUAGCAAUCUAAACCAACCGAUGAUCAUUAACACAAACUCAAAAAAUGUAGUUUUCGCAGAAACGCUGAUAUCAAAAGUUGCUAAAUAUUUAGAAAGAUAGCACGUUCGUGUUUGUGAAAAACAGAAAUUCGAAUUUAGCAUAAUUCAAAAUAAGUAUGAUUAUAAGUUGAUGCCCGUUUUUCAAACUGAAGAACGUUUUUCAAAACUGAGAUCAAUCUUGGUACAGAGAAAUGGUUGACUUAUUCUCAGUACAUAAGAAAGUUGAUCCAUAGAAAUAAAACUUCAUUUCGAAGCAA